AUGGUUGCGCCAGCAGUGCCAGAGAUCAUUGAAGACGAUGACAUCGGCCUUGCUGUAGAUGCUCGCACGGAAAGUCUCCCCGGACUGCGCGAACUAGGGCCUCCCGAUCUUGUUCACUUGGUCAAGCAGAGUGUCAAAGCCGGCAACAAGCAGACCGGCGUAUACCACCAUGUUACCGGGAUCGAUGCCUCCUCCUCCGCAAGCUUGGCGGCGUACGUCAACACCUUGACGUUCAAUCCCACGGACAAAACGCAUAAGGUGGUUUCGGGACUCUACUGUUGCUACAAUGCCUUUUCGCAUCUAGAUAUGCGCGUGGAGGUCAAGAUCCCUGGCAGUGUGGAGAGCUACUGUGUGGAUGAAAGGGGGGACAGAAGAGUUGCCACCGAAAAUCUGUGGCUGGAAACAUUUCUCUGCGCCGUGUUGCGAGCAUAUUCAUAUUCAGACAAUGGCAGCGGUGACACGAUCAAGAAGAUUAUUGGCGUCCGAAGAUUCAACCCGAUCAUUAAUACUGAGUUGGAGCAUCGUUUCUUCGAGGCCGCCGAGAGAUUGUUCUUCAGUGGCCGUCAACUUGGGUCGGACCCCGAAAUCCAGAUUCCCAACGUGGUCUCCAAUCAUCUCACAGCGGGACUCUUGAAAUAUAUUCGAACAACAGGACGAUUUGCAUCGGGCGUCAACUUGUUUGAGAAACUCCGGACGAAGGAUGUGGAGGUUUCGUCACUGUUGGCCCGGGUGUUACUGGAUGGGGACGAAGAGAUCCAGGCCGUGCGGCUUCUACACGAUGCAUUGCAGGAUGUUCCUAUGGACUAUGCCCUUCUUGACUGUCAAGCUGCCUUCUGUCAGAGUAAAGGCGAGGGUGAGAUGGCUUUGGAGCUGGCCAAACAAGGAGUUACAGCGGCUCCCAGUGAAUUCAGCACUUGGGCUCGAUUGGCAGAGGUUUAUGUUGACCUGGAGCAGUGGGAUCUGGCUUUGCUUACCUUGAACUCCUGUCCAAUGUUCUCAUACCAGGAUAAGGACUCGCCUCGGAUGCCCGAGCCAAGUCGCGUGCUCCUGCCAAUCUUACCAGAGAGUGCGCUAGAUGAGAUUGAUGAAGGACAGCCCAGACAUGGAGAACCAUAUGAUCAAGUCCAUGUUUCAUUACGAAAAUUGCAGGCGGCCACGUAUCAAGGGACCUUCUUAAAGGCAUACAGCUUGCUGACACGGAUUGCUGCCGCCAUCGGAUGGGACACGCUCCUCAGGACCCGCAGUCAGGUUUUUGUGAUGGAAGAAGAGUACCGGUCAGAAAAGCAGCACCAAGUAACUCCAAGGAUCCCUACUAGCAAGAAUGCGAGCACAAUCGCCCUGUCUGGUACUCCAAAUGGCCACUCCAAACCCAACGAAAACGGAGCAGGCGACGAUGACGAGUCCGAAGAUGGCUCAGAGGAGGAAGAGUCGAAGAAGUUUGACGAGGAGAAAACCAUCGAUGAAUCUUCCUCUACUGCGCCAACACUCAAUGGCGGUGCCAACGAGAACGAGAACGCAGAGGUCAAGGCCCACCGAUCAAUGGAGAAGCCGGUGCCCACCAUUGCUGCAGAGGAAGUCAAGUCGGGCAGUGAUGAGCACGAUGCAUCCCAUGCACACUAUCCACAAUUUCAGAACAAACGCCUAUGCGAACGGUGGCUCGACAACCUCUUCAUGGUCCUGUAUGAAGACCUCCGGAUAUAUACCAUAUGGCGGACGGAGAUGGGCCAAUACCGGCAACAACAAAUGCAGUAUAAGAAAUCGGCAGCGGAGUGGGAGAUAUUGGGGGACCUGGCUGAGCGACUACAUCACACAAACGAGGCGCUGGAAGCAUAUCAGCAAUGUUUGAACAUUCGAUUCUCACCCAAGGCCAUGAAAGGUAUACUGCGAAUGUACGAGAAGAAAGGCGACACGAGGAACAUACUGGCAUGCUUGAUUCGACUGAUCACCUGGCAAUACCGGUGGUACUCGGAGUUUUCGCCGGAACUCUUCUACUCGAUCCGGAAGCUCAUUGAAGAAGAAGGGGCAGUCAAGAUCCGCUCUAUCGUGCAAAGCACCAAUCUUCCACAGCAUGUGCUGGACCUGACUCACGAAUAUUGUCGCUUGUGCGUCACUUUUAGAAGCAGUGGCACUGAUGGAUGA